AGCAGCAAGAGUGAGUAGCCUAGCUCUAUAGCUCGAGUAUUGCUUGCUCUCCACAAGAAACAAGGCAGAGCACCAACAAUGGCCGCCGCCUCCUCGUCCUCGGUCCUCCUGCUGCUCCUGGCCGCCGCCUUGGCUGGCAUGAGCGCCAACGCCGCCACCUUCACCAUCACCAACAACUGCGGGUUCACCGUGUGGCCCGCGGCCACCCCGGUGGGCGGGGGCACGCAGCUGAACCCGGGCGGGACGUGGACCGUCAACGUGCCGGCUGGCACCAGCUCCGGCCGCGUGUGGGGCCGCACCGGCUGCUCCUUCAACGGCAACAGCGGGAGCUGCCAGACAGGCGACUGCGGCGGCGCGCUGGCCUGCACGCUGUCGGGGCAGCCGCCGCUGACGCUGGCCGAGUUCACCAUCGGCGGCAGCCAGGACUUCUACGACAUCUCGGUCAUCGACGGCUACAACCUCGCCAUGGCCUUCUCCUGCAGCACCGGCGUGCGGCUGGUGUGCACGGACCCUGGAUGCCCCGACGCGUACCACAACCCCCCCGACAUGAAGACCCAUGCAUGUGGCGGCAACAGCAACUACCAAGUCACCUUCUGCCCGUGAUCGGCCGGAAUAGGCUCUGCAUUUGCAUGGGCUAGUGAUUUGGAUUUUGCAGGAAUAAUUCUGAUUUGGAUUUGCACAAUAAUAUAUAAGCGUGCAUUACACGUGCACGCAUUUGUAUGUACGCGCGUAUACGUCGUACCUACGUAGCUGGAUUUGUGUGCGUGCUUCGUACCAAAUAUUAAUAAGAAUAAACAAAUAUGACUCGUGUCAUACAUAUACACGACAUCGCCGUAUCAUUUUGGUUGUAUAUCUAGCAAUCAUUUCGCUUAAGAGCACCAAGAGACUAGAUAUAAAUUCUAGCUAAAUUUAGAGUAUUGAAAGCUGUAAAAAAGAUAUAUAAGUUUCUAAUGGUGGGUGUAUCCAACAAA